AUGAAUGACAAGUUUUCCAACUUGUAUUAUUCUCCUGAUUACAGAUCUGGUAUCGAUGCUUUGACUAGACAAUCUUUAAGAUCAAUUCAGCAGGUUCAUGAAUUGCGGAGUCUAAUUUUCAAAUAUAUGAAUUACUAUCAUACAAACAGUGCGUUGUUAAAUAAGGUAGUCGCUGAUACAUUAACAUCUGAGAGCUCCUUAAAGCCAUACGCCUCUGAAAAAGUGAGAAAUAACCCUGUGAAGAAUGGAAGGUCAGUCUCUGGUCUGGUUCGUGUCGACCAAGAGAACAUGCUGAAAGAUAAACACGACCACAAGUUCGACUCAAUGGCCACUGCUUUCGAUUCUUUUCUUCAAAGAGUAUCCGAGGAAUCAGCAGUCAUGGAAAGAUUGGCGAUGGCUAUUGAUGUGGAAGUUUUAGAACGAAUAUCUACCUUUAUCAAAGUUUAUGAACCACAGGUUAGGACUAGCUUGGAUCGUUUUGAAGAGCUUCUUGACGACUACAAUGAUUCUUAUGCAGAAAUAGAAGAUCUCAGAGUAAAAUAUGCUGACGCUUUACAAAGGAAAGAGUUCGAGAAAAGUCAUCGAAACUCUGACCAACUUGAACCUCAGAGUAGCAAUAGAUCAACAACUUCUGGCAAUGAACUGGACGACGAUUACAAUGAUUCGUAUGCUGAUAGUGAGAAGUCUUUUGGCCAUGAAGUCAGUCGCCCAGAACUUGACUUUCCGCUCCAUCUAGGCCCUGUAACGUUUUCUAACGAGGACCAGUUUUCUAGGUUUUUGAACAAAAUGAUAUCAAAUAUAACGACAGUUAAAAGAAAGCUUCCAAUCCCUGGUUAUCGUAACGAAAUAUUUAGCAGUGAACAAAUUUGUGAAUAUUUAAAGAGAGAGAGGCCCAACGGCUUAGUUCCUGCGAGAGCAAACCUUGAGAAGUUCGGUCAAGGCUUGAUUGAUUUAAACCUAAUGAUUGGUACUGGUAUCUUGGGCUCCAGGAAAUUUAAAAGUGAAUCAAUGUUUUUCGAAUGGUCUGACUUGUCGCUUUUUGUAUCAAACUACUCGAAAACUGAGACCAUUCCUGAGCUAGAGAACUCACAGUCUAACAGAUCCUUUUCAGAGCAAAAAUCACAUAUAGAUCAGCAAGGCGUGAACGAUUUCGCUCAAAAUGCUUCUAAAAAGUUUAAUGGCUUAUUUAGUAGUAUGAAAUUAUCAUUAAAAAAAAAUUCCAUAACAUUAGACGAACUUGAAGACAAAUACACUAAAGCUUAUAUUAAAAUGAACAAUUUGAAGCGUUUAUUGGAUUUAGAAAUAUCUAAUAAAACUCAGAUGUUUGAACGCUUUGAAAAAUUGAAGAUAGAUCUAUUUUAUCAAAGCUUGGCAAAGGUUCUGGAGGUGAUUUAUAAUUUCUCAUUGAAAGUGUCUACUCAUCUUCAUUCAGUUGCUGUGAGUUUCAAGGAUUUGGACCCCAAAAUUUUUCUGAGGGACUUUGAUGACCUCGUUGAAAACUUUUCCACUGGUAUUUAUUUUCCGUCGACUGUUUCACCCUAUAACUUAACUCGAAAGCGUUUAAGUACCAAUCAGACUAAUAAUUCGUACCAAAACUUGAAGUUUCAAUUUAAUUUGUACAAGGACAUCACACUACAACCGCUUCAUCAUGAAAAAAAUUCAAAUCAGCUUUUAAGCUUGUAUUCGGCUCCUGAAUUUCUCUAUUCUGUCCUUCAAUUGAUAAAUGAAACUACAGAUCCUGAGACGGAUACCUCGAAGUUCUGGCUAAUGCCUUUAGAUCAUCAAAAGAACUGGAUUCUUAAACAGUCUAUUAUCAAUUUAACAAAGGAUUAUCGACCAACUGACUCUAUCAAUGUGAGCAACGAAUACGAGUUACAUAUGGAUAUAUUAAAUGAGAUCUUGGAACUUAUCUCUAAAGAACUGACGCAGUCCUUGAUUAAUUUUUUGAAGAAUUGGUUAUUAGAGAUCGGUGACUCUGUUAUUCCCUGUGCCGUUUUUGAUACCAUUGUUCGCUCUUAUUCUAGUAUCGAAAACGAUGAAGACAAGAAAGUGGAACUUGUCAAGGUAUUGAAUACUAUUCCUCGAAGCAAUCUUUGUUCCCUCAUAAUGAUAUUAGAACAUAUUUGUCGUAUUUUUGAUGACCUUUCAGAAUUACCAGCAUAUGGGUAUUCUGAUGAACUUAUUGAAGACUUAUUGGAGCCAAAUGAUAUCGAGUCACUAAGGAGAACAUCUAGUAUUUUGAAUGCAAUGGACCAGAUUGGUGCUGUUCCGUUUCUCCAUUUGAUUUUAAGACCUUCGCUGGUGAAAAAUUCUAACGGUUUUAGACCCCCCUUAGAAUUAUAUAACAAUGUUCUCAGUGACCUUCUUGAUGUACAAUUGCGCUCUAAACUAUUCAAGGCUCUCCUUUCGAAGGAAAAGUCCUAUAAGUCGAAAUUAGAAAAGGAAAAGAACAUUCAGCUUCCAAAAUUACAAAAGCAAAAAGAGCAUACAAAGAUAAUAUCGGCUACACCAAAACCACUAAGCUCGAGUCCUUACACUAGUCCACCUGGUACGAGUGAUAGCUUUACUUUACGACCGUUUAGGACUGGAAUCUCUCCUGCAGUUUCCCCAAUAAGUUCUCCCCGCCAUACUCCCAAGCAUUCAAUGGAAGUAGAUCCACUGAGUGGAGGUGGCAAUAAUAAUACAAGGUCCCGAAACAAUAGUGCCUCGAUUUUAAAAAAAAAUAUCGACGUGGAGUUUGAAGACAAACGUUAA